AUGGAUCUUCCGCCUCCUUCAGUUUUGACUCAAUUACCUCGCCCUCUCCAAGCUUCGACUGGGAAAACCCAAAUCGGUGAAGUUUUCAGCCUCGUCGAGUCGAAGAAGAGAAAAAGAUAUGAAGUCGUGGUUGCUGUCGACGGCGAAGGACUGAACAUCUAUAAUGUUCAAUAUCCCAAGCUUGUCACGUCGUAUGCCGUUCCCCCGCAAUCUGAAUUUUCCUGCCACCCAUGUUCUAUCCGUCUGAGAGACAAGGAUUCCUCGGCAGUGAAAAGGUACACUUAUUGCGCAGUCGGACGACCACAGAGACAAAUUAAAGGCUUUUUUGAGGAGACCGUACCCGGAGCAACUUCCGCUCCGGUCAUCACCUCUGCUUCAUACACCUUGAAGGAUUCACGCAGCCCUGUUAUUUUUGUGGGAAUAUGUCCACGACUUUCAGGCGAAAGUGGCUCAAAAGACCCAUUUGAUGUGCUUGUGGUGCACAAGAAUGGAAAAAUACGAAGGCUCGCAUCUGAUCUAAAAACCGAGAGGUGGAGCAUUGACUCUGAUCAUGAAACCUCGGCUGCUUUUCUUGUCGACUUUGAUGAUGCUAGAAGAACUUUGUUUAGGCGGCGUCCUGAUCUUGCCACACUAGCUGUUGGCGAUGUUUCAAUUUCUGCCAAUGAUCUUCCUCCAGUGCUUUUGCUUGUUUCCCAGCCAGGCAGCUCACAGGGGUCAACCCUGCAGCCUGUAAAAGUUCAUAUGUUUUCUGUCACUACUCAUGUUGAGACUGCAGGAACUGCAACUGCUGGGUCUCACGAGCUACACCACCUCAACACCGUGCAGUUACCUAGCCUCGAAGGGACGAACUUUGACUGGAGAGAGGCACAGUGGGCCUUCCAUCCUGGGUCUGCAGGACUGGGCCUGUCGUUCCGACAAGGAUACAUGAACUACGAUCUAUCUCAAUAUCCACCAUCAUGCUCAUCAAGCCUAAUACUUAAGGAUGAAGACUUUUCUUCCAUAAUGCGUAUUUCGCCUCACUCCAUUAUUGGCGCUGGGAAAUCAUUGGUCGCUUUAUACGACACACACUACUCUUCGAUUCAGCGUAGUAUUCCUCUGCAUGAACUAUCGACCAAUAGUUCCAAGGCGACGAUGAAGUUCGUGGGAUAUUUCGCUAAAUUAGGAAUUGCAUUGGCUAUCAGGGAGAACACACUUCAAGCCUUUGACUUGUCCUCGAUACAUUCCAUGCGAGGAACAUCCGUCAAGCGUCAACGUGAUGGCUUACUCAUUAAUGCAAUUGGACGUGGUGUGGGUUCUCCACCCCUGGACAUCAAUGACCCGGCCGUCUCUCUUGGCCUCAAAACGCCAGAGGAGGUUAAUCAAUGGACCACCUUCAAAAAGAAUCUUGAAGCAGCAUCUAAGGCACAGGAUGCGACCUCUUUUGAUAACGCUGUUGAGUCUCAUUUCGGCUUCUCGGCCCGGUGGCAUUCAUCGCCAAUUUCUGUGCACCCGGAGAAAAUCUCUUACAUUCUAUCUCAGAUAUUUACCGUGCAAGCACAGGAAUCCAGAAAUGGGUUCUCGGAUUUGAAGGUUGCCAUAUGGCCAAAGAAGACAUGCCAGUGGCUAGUGAAGACGGGUCAUUUCUCCAUAGACCACAUAGAUAUCGCUGUUCGUCGGGACAACAGAGCACAGAUACUGCCGCCAUUCGAGCCUGGCACACUUGUGCGCUCUCUUGCGGAGUUUGAUACCUCACUCAAAGCCCUCACGCUCGUUUUAAAUGGACCAGUUCCACUCGAGCGGGGAGAGCUUGCGCAGGCACUGAAAAUUUUCCUCGAUACGGCCCGGACACACUCAAUAGCGCUAGAUCAACCAGCGACCAUGACUAUCACAGAAGUUGCAGACUUAGAUAUAAAAGUUGAUGAUAAAUCUCAUGACACUGAUGAGAACCCUCAGGCGGUUAUAUCAUCGUCUUCUUCCACGGAGACGUCCUUGGAGGAUGCAUUCGUAGGACUCAACCUCGCACUGUCAAAGCUACAUAGCUAUCCAACAAACCAGGUGGUAUCAUGCUUACGCUCAACGCUUUCCAACACCGACACCCUCGCAAUUGUCCACCACCUUCGUGUCGCUCUUGCAACUGGCGGGUACACAGCACGCUUCACCGAAGAAGCACCGAUACCUCUGGAAGCCAUCAAAGCGGCACCUCCCCUGUCGCUUGAGGCAAUUGUUGAUCUUAUGAAUGCCAGUGUAGAUGCAAUUGGUCCAUCGGGUUGGAUUUCCGCAGUCGAGUUUGCCGGCGCGGCUGUCAAUGAAGCGGAAAUGAUUUCGCAUAUGCAGUCGGAAAUUUCGGCAGCUUUAGCAGGCAUCGAAGAGGCAGCGUACAUGAAGGGAAUUGUAGGCGAGUUUAUCCGCUACGGGUCUCGAUUGACGAAAUCAAAAUCAUCUUCAGCCGCAGCAAACAAAACAACCACGUCUACUGUUACUAUGAGUGGCAAAGAGGUCAAUGGAGAAUACACCGCAAUCAAAGACGGCAGUCGUGCCCGCAUUAAUCGCGAAUAUGAUUCUUACGGCAAACUCUGGGAGACGUACACAUUCCCCCAAGCAGGCGAGGAAGACGGAAAAAUGCUUCCUCUUUCACUCAAUACACCAGAGUCAGAGGUCAGUCAGACGAAGAUCCUAAAGUCGACGGGUGAGGUCACGCAGAGAACCAAGCGAGAAAUAGCCUAUCUUCGUCGACAGGCCGUGCCGGAUUAUUCGGUUGUCAGGAUACAUCUGUAA